GUUAGAAUUGGCGAAGGUGCUAAGAAUAGAAGAAAGAAACAAUUUAUCGCACAUAUACAAAAAAGUGAAGGAGAAUAAUAUGGCGGGCGAGGACACACAGAUUUUGUCGAACGGCAAUGUGGAAGCGCUCACAAUCAUCCCACCGAAGAUGACGAAUGGGAACGGAUUGAUCUGUGGCGAUAAGCAGCACAAUAACAACGGCUCGAUACCAAAUGGGAAGUUGCAUGGGAUCGGCGGUACGGAGAACGGCAAUCUAGUCGUGCCGGAUGAGAGGUCGAGCAGCCUUCACACGGAGUUCGACGAUGCCGACGUGUCCUGCGGAUGGGGUCCGUGCAGGCCUCACUGGCUGCAGUACUUUGCCACGAAGCAAGCCUUCCUAGUGACCUUCUGCCUUACCUGGGUGCUUCAGGGUAUGUACUACACAUACUUCGUCUCCGUCAUCACGACAAUAGAGAAGCUCUUCCAAAUCCAGUCAAAGACAACAGGCAUUAUUAUGUCAGCUACGGAGAUCGGUCAAAUCGGGUCCUCCCUGUUAUUGACGUACUAUGGCGGCCAAGGCCACCGGCCGAAGUGGAUAGCCUGGGGCAUGAUCCUCUUCGCCGUGAGCUCGUUCACCUGCUCAAUACCCCACUUUAUCUUCGGCGAACAGCUGAUUCUUCAGAACGAGAUGCUGGUCAGCGGCGUCGGACCCGGCGCUGAGAGCCGCGGGCCCAACGGCACGGAUCCGAUACCGGCGAAUCUCUGCAAGUUCCAGGAAAGGAACAACACAUUAGACGGAUGGAACAUAUCGACGACCGCACCUCAAGCUGAAUCGUCGGAAUACUGUAAAGGCGAUUUUCUUAUGGAGCAAAGAAUACAAAGCAAGAUAACUACGGUGGUGCUUGCAAUAUUUUUUGUAUCGUUACUCGGUGUGGGAAUGGGACAAACAGCUGUAUACACUCUUGGUAUCCCAUAUAUCGAUGACAACGUAGCCAGCAGAGAAAGCCCAUUAUAUUUCGCGAUUACUAUCGGAAUACGGAUUCUUGGCCCAGCAUUAGGCUUUAUCCUCGGUUCCUUAUGCACGAUGGUUUAUGCGGAUUUAUCAAGAAAUCCGCAGAUUACGCCAUCAGAUCCAAGAUGGGUUGGUGCUUGGUGGCUUGGAUUAGUAUUGAUCUCGGCAAUGCUAAUGAUUGUGAGUAUAGGGAUGUUCGCGUUCCCGACCCGUUUACCUUCCAGUCGAACUCCUCCUCGGAGAUCGGACUCACAGAAGCCAAGCUUAAGAGAUUUUCCCAGUGCUGUAAAAAGGCUCUUGAAAAAUGACAUUCUGAUGUUCAGAACUGCAAGUAGUGUGUUGCACAUCCUGCCGAUUGCUGGUCUCUACACCUUCCUGCCAAAGUAUCUCGAGAGCCAAUUUCGCCUACCGGCUCAUCAUGCAAACAUGAUCUCAGGUGUUGGUGGGAUCCUAGUGAUGGGAUUGGGCAUCAUAAUUAGCGGCGUGUUUAUCUUGAGGGCGAAACCCAAUGCCAGAUUCGUCGCAGCCUGGAUCGCCUUCACCGCGGUUGUUUACGCGAUCGGCAUGGGUGUGUUAAUGUUUAUUGGUUGUCCGAUGGAUGACUUCGCCGGACUUGUGUCACAUCCCGAUGGACUCUCUAGCUUCGAGCCGACCUGUGAGGCGACCUGUGAUUGCGAUCGGAACAAAUUUAGUCCAAUCUGCGGUGCCGAUGGUAGAACGUAUUUUUCCGCGUGUCACGCGGGUUGUUCGAAUUAUACGGUUGCUGACGGCAAAGUGGCAUCGUUUUACAAUUGUCAAUGCAUCGGACAAAACGUAACGAUAUUACCAGAAGUAGUAAAUACGGCGUCAAUCGGUUACUGCUCACUGGAAUGCAGUAACUUUUGGGUUUACAUGAUCCUGUUUUCGGUCUUCGUUUUUAUUCACUCCACGAGCGAGGUGGGCUCUAUGUUGCUCAUUCUGCGAUGCGUAGAUCCCAGGGACAAGGCCAUGGCACUCGGCCUGAUACAAUUUGCCAUCGGCUUGUUCGGCAAUGUUCCAUGUCCUAUCGUUUAUGGUGCUGUCGUGGAUUCCGCUUGUCUCGUAUGGGAAUACGCUUGCGGUGAGCGAGGCGCCUGUUGGCUUUACGAUUCAAACGUUUUUAGAAUGUUCUAUCACGGUACGACAGGCGGUAUCCUUAUAUUGGCCUUCGUGGUAGAUAUAGUCGUCUGGUACAAGGCCGGGAGCAUAAGCUUCGUGGAGGAGCAGGAGGGCGAGACAGGUACUGCGGAGGAAAUGGCGACGUUAAAAUCGCAGGACGCUCAAGCGGUCGAGAACGACUAUUUGUGA